CGUCUGCAAGUGGUGGCAGCGUCAAGAAGAAAAAGAACAUCCAAUAUUCGGAGAUGAAACAGCCACCAUUGAUCAAACAGCUGAAAGGAAUUUUAUCUGAAUACCCAGAUGGUGGUCAAAUACUGAAGGAGUUGAUACAAAAUGCAGAGGACGCUGGUGCCAGAGAAGUUAGAAUUCUUCAUGAUAAAAGGAGAAUAAAUCAAAAUACCAGCAGCCAAUGUGAGACAACUCCAAUUUAUACAAAAUUCUUUAAGGGUCCAGCACUUUGUGUGUACAAUGAUGCAGUGUUCUCAGAGAAUGACUGGGAAGGUAUACAAAUGAUAUACAGUAGUAACAAAGAAAAAGACCCAAUGAAAGUGGGACGGUUUGGACUGGGAUUCAAAUCUGUCUUUCACAUAACAGACUUUCCUUGUGUCAUAAGCGGUGAUAGAGUACUUCUGAUAAAUCCCCAGCAAUCUGCAGAGAAAGUAAAUGCUACACUAGAUCUGUGUGCGCUUGAGGAAUAUGAGGAAGAUGGACUAGAUGCAGAAGCAUUUUGGGAAGCCUUAGAGGAUACAUUCGGUCUUUGCAGACAAUCUCUGCCAGAGGACGGCUUCCAAGGUACCAUAUUUUGGUUCCCACUGCGUGAAAACCCGUCCGAUCUUGCAGAAACUUUGUAUAAUGAAAGUAAGGUUAAAAAUCUAUUUGAUGCAUUUGCAUUGGAUGCAUUAAACAUAUUACUGUUUCUUAAAAAUAUUGAGAAAAUAUCAUUGCAUACCAGGGACGAGGACAGAAAAAAAAGUGAAACUCUCCAACUGGAAAUUGAGGACAAAGAUGGUGCUGUAAGACGUUCUCGGCAAGCUUUGAAGGACCAAAUUCAGAACCAAAAUAUAUCCUCUGAAUGUCCAGAUAUACAUUCCACAAUACAGCUUGUAAUUCACAUGUUGUAUGGUGAUAAAGAAGAGCGUCAAGAAUGGCUGGUUGUGAACUACUUUGUAAAAGAAAGUGCAUCAGCUGGUUUCCAAAAAUUGAUACAAGAUAAAAAUCUAGGAUAUAGCCCAUAUGUUGGCGUUGCAACACCUCUUAAAGAAAUUGAUGAUGACUUUGAGGGACAUGUUUUUUGUUUCCUGCCGUUGCCAAAGGAAGGUGAGAGGUUGACUGGGUUACCUGUGCAUGUAAAUGGUUUCUUUGCACUCAGCCAAAACCGACACCAUAUGAAAUGGGAGACCGAGGAACAAGAGGGAAAGCCAAUAGAUGACAAGUCAAUUCUUUGGAACAAAGCUCUGAUUGAGGAAGCUCUUCCAAAAGCAUAUGAAUUACUUGUCUUGGAAAUUAUAGAAGUUUCCAAGAAAAAUUUAAAUGAUGAAAUAUCUAUAAAGGCCGUAUAUAACACAUUGCCAACAUGUAAAUCAUCACCUAGAAAAACUCACAAGAGAUGGAUGGAGUUAGAAAAUAAACUUUAUGAAUAUCUUGGUAAAAAAGAAAUUUUAUAUGCAAUGCACACAAGGGAAUGGAUCAUUUUGAGAAGAGCAUUCUUUGCAACAUUUAGGACUUUGUCAAAUAGUGAAGGUGAUGUUGCACUGCAGAAAUCUGUUGUGAGAUGUUUCCAGAAAAUAGGCGUCAAGUAUGUUGAUGUGCCAUUUUCCUUGGUUGAUACCUUGCAAGAGCAUUUUCCAUACAUUAUAGAUCUUACUCCAGAAACAUUAGGUUUGCAACUGAAACAACAACAACAAUAUAAAGAAUUGACACAGAAGGACAAAAUUAAUAUCUUGAUCUAUUUAGUAAGAAAUAAGGAAAAUUUUGCCAUUCUUCAAGAUCUUGAGUUAUUACCCCUGGCUUCUGACAAGUGGAUUGAAUUCAGGAAAGGUAGUCAGCCAGUUUACCUUUGUUCUGAUGCAGCUGUGAAGAUGUUUCCAGGCCAAGAGAAUAGAAUUGUCAUGGAAUCCUCAAAACUUGGACCACAGCUUACAGAAUUUAUUGAAAAAAUAUGUAAUGCAGAAAGCUACCAAAUUCAAAGAUUAGAUGUUAAGUUGGCGAAGACGUUAAUGAUGCAAACACUGCUUUUCCACUUUGGAUCUGGUCAAAAUGUCCGAUGGACAAAAACAAUGAGCAUUCCAAGUCAGUGGAUGGAAAAUGUAUGGCAUGUUCUCAUCAACAAAGAAAUGGUAAAAUAUUUUACAGAUAUACCUUUAGUGCCGAUGCUGACUCAAGGAAACUGGACUGAUCCAGAUGUUAUUGAACUGGUAAGAUUGUCUGAUUUCAUAAUUAUAAAAGAAUAUGAACUUACUAGAGAAUGCAUUCUGAAUGAUGGAUUAGUGAAUUGUCUUAAAGUAUUGAAUGUAAAGGUACUGCCAAGUCUUCCAGAAUGGCUACAAUUUGAAUCAAUUAAAGAAUUUGUUAAGCGGCCAACAAAGGAAGAUAUUAUUUAUGUAUUCUGUGAAGUGUACAAAAUGAUGGGCGAAAAUGCGGUGUCUACAUUAAACGUUGCUUUUGAAUCGAAUUUCACGUUAAGAGAAUCAUUAAUUCAGUUUGCAUUUGCCUUGGCAUAUAUUGAACCAGAUAUGGUAAAAAUGUUUCAAAAGCUUAGAAUUUUCAAGGGUGUGCAUUCAAUGGAAGAUGAUGGUACGUUUUCUGCCAUUGCUGAUGUUCGUAGAUUUAUAUCUGGUGAUAUAAACUUCCCUGUAGGAAUUGAUUUUCCAUUUAAAUGUUUAAAA